AUUUUGCACAAGACGCAUGGCGAGCGCUGCGACCCUCGGCGCCCUCGACGCGCUCACAGCGCAGUUCCCGAUGCAGCUGUACCCGCGCCCGACGCCCUUCACAUGCGACUCGUUCAUUGCGGACGACCUAGUCUACGUCUCGGUCAGCAAUGGCAAGGCCAAGGGCGGCGAGGCCGACAGCGCGCGCCAAGGGGCGUCGACGGGCCGCCUCUUUGCCCGCGCCCGCGUGGUCGACACGGCGCCGACAGCGUUUCCGGGCCGCGUCAAGAUCGCGUACGCAGACGGCUCUACGUACCACGCGCUGCCGUCGCGCUUGACGCCGCAGCUCCUUCGGCGGGUGAAUGCGGCCACUGGCGUCCUCGUCACGGCCGAGACGUCACACUACCGGCGGCUCGCGCGCACGCAGAUCGACGCGAGCGAUGUCGUACUCGAGAUUGGCUGCGACCUCGGCCCGACCGUCGAGAUCAUUGCGGAGACCGUCGGCUUCGAGAACGUCACGGGUAUCGACAAGUCGGCCGACUCGAUCGCCGUCGCCAAGGUGUCGCACCCGCAGUGCCACUUCAUCGAAAUGGACAUCUUUCGAUCGACUAACGAACUGCUGGCGAUCGCGUCGCGCUGCUCCAAGAUCCUCAUCGAUAUCAACGGCAACCGCCUCCUCGGCGCCGUCGUCGACGCCCUAUCGCUCGUGCUGCACGGCUGCCCGAAGCUCGAGCUUGUCAUUGUCAAGAGCGUCGAGCUCCAUCGCGAGCUGCAGCGCCGUGACCAUGCGAGCUAAUCUUUUCGGAUAUACCACAUUAUCCGGAUGUUUGUAAACCAAUGAAAUUUGCGAGCCCCGAGAUCCACCA